AUGGACGCUGCAAGUAAGUUUUUGUAGAGAACUAUUGAAUUCUUACAAACAACUUUGAAUAUUGUAGAGUUCCAACACGAUCGUGAUCUGAUAUCAUCCACUUCGGCGACGUAUUCGCAAAAACGGACGGUCCCCCGAAGUUUGGCCUCAUUUUUAGGCCGUCCCGUCUUUAUUCUGGCCUGUGAACCGGACAGAGCUUCGCGCGUGAAAACAGUCAUCGACGUCACUUUUCUUAUAAAUCAGGCGGCUGAUAUUCUCAAAAAUGUACGUUUUUUUUGUUUCAAACGUAUCGAUAAACUUGUAUGCGCAUUUUUAGGGUGACACCAAAAAAUACAUUGCUCACAAUAGUCUGGAAAAAAUGACGAUGAAGUUUGGCGAUUUGAGAAAGGCGCACAGUGAUUUGAAGGUGACCCUUGUUACACAAUUUAUCUCAGCUGUCAUUAAAGAUAUCAAAAAGUUGUCAACUGAUAAAAUGUUCAUCGAAACAUUUUGUACAUUUUAUCAGUUGACCACUUUUCGAUAUCUCCACCGGCAGCUGAGAUACGCCGUUUCCAAUGGACCCUUUUUUCAGUCCAUAAAAGUGUUGGGACUGAACGAAUGCAUGGCUUUUUGGGAGCAAGAUUUCCUCUCCGCCGCCACGUGGCUCACCCACUUUGAUGAGUUUCAAGAGCUUCCGUCGAGCGUCAAAGUGAGCCAUUUUUUGAAAUUUUUCUGAAAUUGUUUCCGGCAGAUGCAAAUCCUAAAAGUCGGCUGGAUUCUGUGGGGACGCUUGGAUAAACUGGCCAAAACUGCGGAGCACCGGCGGAAGAAGCUGUUCGGAGAAACGUAUUUUAUGAUCGGAGAGGACGUGUGUCUCGACCUGGAGCAGUUCGACGUCGACAUUUCCUGGUGUACCAAUUACAGCAAAGAGCAGUUGCAAUUGUGAGUGCCGUUUUCCAACCGGACACUUUGCAACUGAAACGAUUUUGACUUUAUCGCAUCUUUGGAGGCCUGUAUCUUGGGAACCAAUGACGAUUGCGAAAAGUGAUCAACCGCAAAGUUUUUGCAAAUUUUGUUCUAAAUAACUUUAUAGGCAACUAUUUUUUACCAAAAAGAGUCACUUUUGAGUUAUGACCUUUCCUACAAACAGUGUCCACAAGAGCGAGUUUGGAAGCCUAUAUCUCGAGAACCGAUCAUCAUUUCAAAAAGUGGUGAACUGAAAAAUUGUUGCAAAUUUUGUGCUUAACAACUUUGUAAUUGGCUAUUUUAUCUGAAAAUGCUCCAUUCUCAAGUUAUGACCUGUUUUCUGAACAAUUCACUUUCAGCUACCUGGACUGUCACCACGACCACACCUUCCAGAAGAUUGUCAACCUGCUCAUAGAUCUGAAUCCGACGGACGUGGAACUCAAUUACAUGCUCACCGAACUCUGUCUCCAUUACGCCGGAAAACGGCAUCAAGGGGAAGUGCUCGAAUUGACGGAUAGGCUUCAAGAAGUGGCGUCGAAUAAUUUGCACAACUAUUACGAGAAACACCUGAAACUGGCGAACUAUUCGGCAAGAUUGGCCAAAAUGAUCAAAGUGAACAACUCGAUCCGCAGAGAUUUGUGGGAGAGAUUGGAGCAGCAGACGGUCGCAAAAGUGUUCAAUAUUAUCGCUGUACACUUUUCACAUCCUGACAUGUUUGGCGAGUUUUCCUAGUUCGACGCCUCUGGCUCAGAAAUAAGCCUAUAACUCAGGAACAAAACGUUUUGGUGAUAAAUGAUCAAUUGCAAAGUUGUUCAGCACACAAUUUGCAACAACUUUUCAGUUGACUACUUUUUGAAAUCAUCAUUCGUUCCCGAGAUAUAGGUCUCCAAAAUGUACAUAUUGUAACUUCACUUUUGAAUAAAGAUCUCUGUUCAGAAAAAUAUUGUUGUUUUCCCUUUAAAAAAAAAGAUCAAGUAUUCACAUGCAAAGUACAUAUCUGUGUGCACUUCUUCAACUGUCUGUGCCCUCUUAUCGCCAGUUUCUAUGCGACACAUUCUCACUGCCACCACUUUGCUGCAGCGAUUAUCGAUUGUUUUGCGGAUGCCCGCCGCCCUUUUCCUCUCGGGACCAUGCGAAGUCUGUGGACAGCACGCGUUCGGCAGGAAUUUCGGAGUGAUGAGUUGCCGCGCGUGUGCCGCGUUUUUCAGGUAAAAAUGAUGAAAAGUGUCCAAAAUUUGAAUGAAACGAAAACAAUUGUUUCUUUUCAGAAGAGCAGCGGCAGCGUCAAAACGAAAAGUUGUCGAGUGUGACGUCGGGAAUUGUUCCAUUUUCGCCGAUGGAAAGUCAGUCAACUUCUGCGUCUUGUUUUGCUCGUAUUCCGCGUGUGUUUUUGCAGAUUUCAAUGUAAAAAGUGUCGUCUGAAACGGUGUUAUGAUGUGGGAAUGGACCCAACGAGUAAGUGAGGAGAAUCGUUGAAAGUAGAGAACGUUUUCAGAAUUUCAAACCAACCGAGAUCUCAUUUCGACGGCGAGCAAUUUUCAGCGAAAGUCUAGAGUCGCACCGACAUUAGCUCAAUUUCUGGGCCGACCCGUUUUUAUUCUCUGCUGCGAGCCCGAUCGCGUUUCACACAUUAAGACCAUGAUCGACGUCACGUUUCUCAUCGAGAAGGCUGUUUUGGUGAUGGAACAGGUAGAGAUGGACGGACGGACAAUCGCUUUGAAGAGAAUUGGCCUCUUUUGGCCCACCCGGGCUUUGCACGCUUCUUUGGUUCAAGUUUCAGAUGGAUCCGAUCAUUUUGAAGCCGAUUUGAAGCCGAAAAAGGAUCGGAUCGAUUUGAAGCCGAAAAGACCGCAGUUUUCGUAAAAGCUUGGGUCUACCUCAAAAUCAUUGCAUCGGAUCCAUCUGAAUCUUGGACCCAAUACACUUCAACUCAACGCCAAGAAGCCUGCGUGGCCCGAAAGUCCAGGCCCCGUCAGGCUUUCGAAUUGGCCUAGGAAAUUCGAGUGUGAAAACUCUUCCCUGUCAAGCUGUGUGAAUGUUCUGAAUGCAAAAAGGUCACAUGGCCGAACAAUUUUCUAGGCCAUAGUAAAUAAGUUGUUGUGUAUUUUGUUCACCUGCGCCACGGCGACCAAAAACGUAGAAAGGGGCGUGGGGCCUAGCGUGCACGGUUUAUCACCAUUUUGGCGCGAAAUUCGAAAUUUAACCCCAUUUUUCACGUUUUUCGUCAAAAAUUCCCCAAAUUUUGUACGAUUUCGACGAUGUAAUUGCAUAACUUUGUUAAACUAAUCAUCGCGCGCACUUUUUUAGCUUAAAACGAGCAGGUUUCAUUCAGAGAAUGAAUCGAUUGAAUCGAUUUUCAAGUUUUGUGCUGAAAAUGCGCGAAUUUCAGUCAUUCGCCGAUACUUUUUGCCGUUUGAACGCUUAAAAUACUUGAAUUAACGUGCUUAAUCACUUCCGACACUCACUUCGUCUCAAAACUAUCCAGAUCGGCCGGUAUGAAAAUUCCGAAAUUGCGGCGGCGAUUGGCCGCGGAGAGCGUAUUGCGAAAUAUGCCAAAAACGUCUCAAACGCGGCGUUUUCACGAAAAUUUCGAUGUUUUCUCUUUUUAAUGUCUCUUCUUUCGUCGAUAUCAAACACAAAACUAUCGGAAAAGUGCUGGAAUUGCGACAAUUUUCAGAAAACGCGUCUAAGAUUAGGCCACGCCCCUUUCUACACUUUUGCUCGCCGUGACCUUGUAAACCAAACAUAUUGUGACAUUUCAGAACGCCCAGAACCCGUACCUGGCUGACAAUUCGCUGGAAAAGAUGUGUCUGGCACUGGGCGACAUGCGCCUGAAACCGCCCGACACGAAACUGAUCCAGAUGAAGUCGUUCGGCAAAAACGAAUCGAUCGCCAUUUGGGAGGGAGAGUUUCUCGCCACCGUCCACUGGUUCUCGCACUUUCGCGAGUUCAACGAGCUCGCUCUGUUCGUGAAACUCGACAUUGUGAAGACUGGAUGGCUGCUGUGGUCGCGGCUGGAGAAACUGGCGCAGACGGCCGACUAUCGGCGAAGAAAUGUGUUCGGCGACGACACUUUUAUGGCCGGCAACGACGCGUGUUUGGACAUGAAGGACUAUGAAAUUGACAUCAGUUGGUGCACGAACUACUCGCUCGAGCAGUUGGGAUUGUGAGUCAGAGCUCGAAAACUAGAAAUUUUGAGAUGAAAUUAUCAACUACAAAGUUGUUCGACACAAAAUUUGCAAUAAUUUCUCUCUUGACAACUCUUUCAAAUAACUAUUGCUUCCCGAGAUAUAGGUCUCCAAAGAUACAGUAACAUAAUCAUGUUUGUUGUCAUCUCGGAUACUGUUUGCUCAUAGAGUCAUAACUUAAAACUGAACUAUUUUGGUACAAAAUGAGAUAUCGGGUCUCUGAAGUGAAUUUGUUUUCAGCUACGCGCUCCCCGACGUGGAAAAGAGUUGCCGUCAGUGUGUUCAAGACCUGAUCGAUCUGAGACCGUCCGAGAUGGAGCUCAACUUCAUGCUCGUCCAACUGUGUCUCUAUCACGCCGGCAAAAAGUACCAGGGUCCGGUGCUCGAGGCCACGGACCGUCUCAUUCAGAUUCAGGCCGACAGUCUGCACGAAUAUUACGUUAAUAAGCGGAAAAUGCCGCAUUAUUCGGCCAGACUGACCCGACUUAUGAAGAUCAAUCAGAGCAUCGAACGGGACAUUUGGGACCGAAAGGAGCGGAACGAUAUCGCCCGUCUUUUUAAUAUACUGUCCAUCGAGUUUUCUCAUCCCGAAAUGUUCGAGGGGUCUUGA